UUGUUUACUUUUUAUUUAUGCGUCACUUUUUCAGCCGUCAUUGCUUCGUGGCUUGCUUGGAAACUCGUUGUUUAUUCAUAUCAGCGAGAGAUUUUUUCCCGAUUUGAAGGUAAUGAAUCAGGCAGCUGCGUGCUCUGUGCCUGGUGGUCCAUCUUGCCUGCCCGCCUCCCGACUAAUGCUCAACACUACACCACUGAAAGAAUCAGUCAAGGCGCAGUUCUUCCUCCACCGCCUGUUCAAUCGGUGUUCACUGUGUUCGGAGAGGAAUACCGCUUGGAAGAUGAUAUUAUAAGAUCAUUAGCAUCGCAAAACAUCAAGCAACUGUAUCCGGCUAAGUAUGAUUGGAAGACGGAGAUGAAGAAACUGAAUAGGAGCGUAGUGGUGGCGUUUCUCGACCUGCUUGACAUUCUUGUACGAUGCCCAGAUCAUCCUGAGAGAAAUGAGAAAAUCAAUGACAUACAAACGAUAUUUAUAAAUAUGCACCACCUUAUCAACGAGUACCGGCCGCUUCAGGCCCGUGACACUCUGCGAAUGAUGCAAAGUCAACAACUGAAGGAAUUAAAGAAGACUGUGAAACGUUUCAAAGGACAUCUAGCAGCUGGCAAGGCAGCGCUUCGUGAAGAACUCUCAUUAUCGGACUUGAAGCUGACACCAGUGCCUCGACCAUCACCAUUGACGGGCAUUGAUAUCGACUCUGACGAAGAGAACAUGCCAACGCUUAUCAAGAUGGAGGUGAUUCUUGAAUUCGUUUUCUUCUACUCGUUGAGUCAGGCAGUCAAGCCACACAACUCCUUAAUGCAAUUUCUCCUUCAGCAGCACUCCAUCUUUCUAUCUGAAAUGGAAGAAGCCACGGCAGCAAUGUCGACGAUGAGGCUUGCACCACGUCCUUCCCGCGUACAGCUCAAGCAACGACGUAAUGCUGAAGCACGCUUUCUCAAUGAGUGCUAA